AUGCUGGCAAACGGGUCAGGCUUUGAGAAGAUGGGACUUGAGGAGUUUCUGUACACGAAGAAAGUGGUGGGAUGUUUGGCCUGGGUGGCGCUAUCGAACUAUGCCCUUCUGGAGAAGUACGAUACAAAUGGCGAUCUAGUGCGAUAUUCGGCCGAGUUGACCGGAUAUGUGAUGGAAUAUAUCAGCAACGCAAGGGAGAGAGUCGUCGAGUUGACCUCGUGGUGGUGA